AUGGCCAACAGUCCUACUCGAUAUGUCCCUCGGCAGAGCUUAACAUCAGCUGCUUCUAUUCAGAAGCGAGACGAAAGCCCGAAAAGCUUCCGGAUCUUCUCAAAGCUUCCUCUGGAGGUCCAAGACCUCAUUUGGAAGGAGGUCUUGGACCUCGACGCGCCAACCGUACAUGGUGUUGAGCUCCGACGCUCGACAACAGACCAGCCCACAGUCAGUAUGGUUGAAACCGGCCUAUGGAAUUCGAAUACGGGAGUUGCAAGAACCCCGAUAUAUCCAGUUCGGGACGCCCUACACCGAGUCUGCCGCCGCUCCAGAGCGGCUGGCAAAAGGGAAUCCCGACUAUGGAGGGGCCAAGUGCCCUACGAACUUCGGGCAGAUAGGCCCUGGGCGCCGACUCAGCCGGUAGAUCUCGGGAAAGAUCUAUUCAUUAUCUCUAACCAUCUAGAAGAAGACAUAAACGAAGGCGACAAGAUUUCGGGUGUCCGGCACGUUGGAGUGACAUGGGAGGGCUUGUGGGACCUCCACGUUCUUGAGAAGCUGGAAAAGGUCGUCGACCUAUUCCCAGAACUAGAGACUGUCUAUGUCGUUGUGACAGGCGCCUCAACAACCCAUCCCCACCUAGAAGCGUGGGAGAGUGAGAAGUUACCUAUCCUGGAGAAGUACUUGAAAGAAUGCCAGGAGACGGCCUCCAUCGAGACAGAUAUAGAGUUCCUGUCCGAAGGGCUUAUAUAUCAGGAGAUCGCGCCCAAGAACCUCUCCGAAAUGGGCGGACUUCACGAGCCCUUGGAAGUAAUAACCCAAUUUUACGAGAACUUCGACGCUCGCUGCGCGGAGGCGAAGGCAGAAGGGGAAGAAUUGCGGAGACCGGUCAUCAGGAUGAUGACGUGGGAGCAAGCUCAUAGGGUGAGCCCACGUUUCUCCUGA